GUCCAAUCAGCGAUUGCGUGACACACAGGUGACAAUUAAGGGGCAUCAACAAGACGUGCAAGAUGGUGCUUCUCGACAACGAUACGUUUUUGACGGAGUUAACGCGGUUAUUCCAGAGAACGAGAACAUCUGGAACAGUCCUCGUCACGAUGAAGCAAUAUUAUGGACAGACUAAGCCAAAGCCGAGAGACACAAAAGGAAGAUUACCCGUAUCAGACCAUACCGAACACAAAUGUCUAUUCAGAGCAACAAAUGGAAAGAAGAAACUGAGUACAGUGAUCAGCUCGAAAGACGUCACAAAAUUCCAGAUGGCCUAUGCAAACGUCUUGAAAGCCAACACGGACAACUUGAAGAAGAGGGGAAAGCGUGACACAAAGAGCAAAAGUAAAACCAACAAAGCCACAUGAUAGCUGCACUUGAAUAUUAUUAACUCUGUAUCCUGAAGAUGCCCAUAAUAGUCCUCUACCAAUGUUUGACCUUCGUUGGUAGGGUUUCCUACCUCCUAAUAAGGGACCAGCCAAAAUUAGACCAGUCUCAAUUUCAAUUAAAGAGGUACGUUGCCUUGGGCUUUAAAAAACUUUUGUUAUGAAACUAAUAUGGUUGGAUACAAUGAUUUACAUACUUGAAAUUGUUCGAGAAGUUGUGCGGUGCUUGGGAUUUCAUGACAUAAAGCAGUCCGCUAUUUUGGUACAAAAUGGCUACGGUAUAAUCCACUGGUUGUAUUUCAAGAGGUAAAUUUAUGUUUUGUUAUCACUACUCCCUUAAUUGCAUCACUACUCACUAAACACAAAAAAGGGCAAACAUUAAUUUCAAACAACAACAUUUUGAGAGCUUUGAAGGCAAUGUGCACUUUUAAUGCAAUUGUAAUGGGAGGAAAAACACAUCCAGUGUGAUAGAAGUGUAAAGCUUUCAGUCAUAAGCUUUUCAGGUAAAAAAAAACCCAGGAAAAUUACAGUUUAUGUUAAUUUUGUUGAAAAGUACAUGUAUUGUAAAAAGGCUUCAUCUGCUGCCCAAUAGACCUUUGUCAUGCUUUCAUCAUCUUGGUCAUGCCCCCUGUAUCCAGUAACAGUAAUGAUUACUAGUAUUCGUUGCACUUAAAAAAGAAGCCAGACCAAUAUUCCAGCCUCAGCUUGGUUUAGUUUAGGGGUCUUUCUCAAACCCAGGCUUGGUCGCACUUUGUACGCACAGGAAAUGCUGCUCGGCCUUCAGGCCUUUACUUUUUGGAGCAGCGUUUAUUUUGCAUGCGUUGGUGGUUUGAACAUCGGUGGGCGCCUGGAGCAGGAGACCAAUACGAGGUUUGAGAAAUGCCCCAGAGUGGAGAAAAUCAAGAUGGCCACACCCCGAUGUAAUUAUUUUUUAUUCCAUUUCAUUUAUUUAAAUAAACCUUGAUUUUAUCUGAAAUUGUUUCCAGUAUAUUUCUUUAACCCUUCCUUUAUUUCUUUAACCCUUUAUUUCUGUUGAACAAAAGUUAUCCAAGGAUAGCCCAAUUUAAUAGUUAGUCUGGAUUUCGUAAAUUGGUCUUGAUCUUAUAACACAUUGUAUAAAAUUAUAAGGUGUAAUAAAACGCUACAUAACUCACUUAACUAAAGAGA